AUGGUGGCCUCGCCCGACCGCACAACGCUAAACGCAGGCAUGACCACGGGCACCAUGUCCCUCGCCUACCCCGAACGCAUCCCCAAGGCCCGGCUGGAAGCCACCUUACUCAAUCGCGAGCUCGACGACACCCUAUUCGACGCGCGCACGCGGCAAACGAAGUCGACCGACAGCUGGCUCACCGCGGCUCAAGACCGCACGGUCGACGAGCUGCUGCGCCCGGAACCGCGGCCCGAGGUGAGUCAAGUGCCACUGGAACUUCCGGCUAUAGAUCAACUGCCCCCGGGCGGCCACGGCGCCUGCUACACGAUCACGCUCGAUUCUGGUGAGAAGGCGAUGGACGAGUGUCUUGGUGGGUUGUUGAGUCAGACGCGGGCCAAGGCGUCGCGGCUGCGGCAAGCGUUACGAAGGGCGCUGGCCCGCGAGGACUCUCUGACCAUAGAGAACGAGAAGCUGCGCGACGCGAAUAUGCGAGCCACGCUAUCCACUGAAAAGGGCGAGCCCGCGCUGAUUGCGAGACGCAAGCUCAAGGCCGCGCGCGACGUGCUGAGGGAUUUGCCCGAGGCGUCGCACGCGCUGAAGCAUUUGGCAGGUUUGAGAAAGGACGUCGACGAGCUGGCGAGGGAACGGGACGCUGCGUUAAAAGCCCAGCGGGCGGCGGAGGCGCGCGCUCUUGAUAAUGAAAAGCGCGCGACGGACGCGCUCGCCGAGGUCCACCUCGUGGGCGGGCGGUUAGAUCGUGCUAAACGAGAGCUCGCGGCGCGGGCGCGCGCGGGCGCCGCCGGGCCGGCGAUCCUGUCCGCGGCCGUGUCCGCGGCGCUCACGGAGGAGGAGGCCGUGCCGGUGCUCCUCGCGGCGCCGGGCGACGCGGGCGACGCGCUGCGCGCGCUGCGGGACCGGCUGACGUCGAUGCGCGGGCCGCGCGCGCCGCGCUGCGUCGGGCGGCCGCUGGCGCCGGCGCCCGCCGAGGGCUUCGGGGACGCGCCGCCCGAGCACGCCGUGCACCUGGCUGGAGAGGGAGGCGACGCCGCGGCCGACGCGGUCGUCGCGGCGCACGAUCUAGUAAGGGCCCUGGGCGCCGCGGAGGCCAUAUCCGUCGAUUGGGCAGCCAAGGCCCCCGGGGACUCGGGCGACGCUUUUUUAGACGCUGCUGAAAGGUUGGUGCGAGCGGGCGUGCUGAAGGAUCCCGGCCUUGACGAAGCCCGGGCGUUGCCGGCGGGCCGCGAGAGGUGGCACGCGAUCCUGCAAGGCGUGCACCCGGCAGCGGGCGCGCUGGCCGCGGUUGAGUUUGAUGAUGCGUCGCCGGCGGCCCAGCGUUUACAUAGGGCAUGUUUGCUGGGCUGUCUGCUCCUCGCCGCGACGCCCGACGCCUGCCGCGCGCUCGAGGAUCGGGCGGCGAGCAAGCGCGCGCCGCCGCCGGCUAUUGCAAAGCAGCCGGUCACGACCGUGGGCGGCUACAUUAGUGAACUCCACGUCGACCUCGAAGAGAUGGAGCCGCUCGACGACGUGACGGCUGACAUCGCGGCAAUUGUUGACGCGGCCGUCGCCGGAACGAUCAAAGGGCGCUCGCUCGCGCACGUGGCGCGGAAAUUCUUAUGUAGACGCCACGCCUCGCGGGCCAAGGCCGAUGAAGAGCUUUGUAGCUUGGCGCUGGGCGUCGACGCUUUAGCAAGCGAGAGCGCUUUGCCUCGUCUGUUCGCGCGCCUUGCCGGCGUGCCUCGCGGAUUAUUGGAGAAGCGCCACGCGUUCGAUGAUAGAGCCGUCAAGAACGCGCUCGUGGCGUCGGCGGCCCACGAUCCCUUGGCCGCGGACGGGGCGUAUGCCUUUUUACUCGAGGCGGUCGGCACGAUCGUGCCGCCGGGCAAAACUAAAGCGUGGCUCGGCGCCGCCGAGCCGCGCCUCGUCGAGCUGGCGGCCGUGCUGGCCGCGGCGCCGGCGCUCUACGAGCGCGAGGUUAUUGCUCGCUCAAAACUUUAUCCGUCCGCCGAGAACGCUGCAACCCCCGAGCUGCCCUUCUUCCUCCAAUUAAGCAGCGUGUUACAAGAGCGAGCGUCAACGGUCGAGGCGGACCCCGUGUCCGCGGCGCUGCGCGUCUCGGUCGUGGACGCCCUCGAGGCGCUCGUGGCCCAGUGGCCCGUGUGCGUCGCAUGGGUCGCGCACCAGACGCGGCGGCGGGCCGCGCGGGAUCUGCAGCGCGUGCACCGCGGCGGGAUGGGUCGGACGCGCGUCGCCGACCUCAAGCGGCAGCGCGCCCACGACGACUUCGAGCGAAGGGUCCGGACGGAGUUCCGCAAGCUCGACACGAAGAAGGACGGCCUCUUUUCACCGGAUAUUUUCGCCCACAUGGUCAAGGCGACGACGGGCGGCGACGCCGACGCCGCGCUGGACGCCUACGACCGGGCCGUGGACGCGUCGCGGCGCGCGAGGGCCGCAGACGCGCAGCGGCGGCGCGACGACGGCGGGGACGUCGAGAGUGACGACGAGGACGAGGACGCUCUGGUGGUGGGCGAGGUCGUCGCCGUGCUCGCGCAGACGGACUCCGGGGCGAGCGUGCCUCAAGCUUACGCGCAGUUGCCCAUUGUGACGGAGCGGCAGCACCGGAUCUGGGGGAGUGGCUAA